UUGAGCUCUCUGUAAUCUUCUUCGUCGUGGUCGCCGGGAAAAAUGGCAGAGCAGAGGCAAAUCCGAUUCGGAAUACUGGGCUGUGCCAGCGUGGCGCGCAAGCUGGUCAGAGCUAUAUCGCUGACUCCGAACGCAACCAUCUCCGCCGUGGGCAGCCGCUCGGCGGAGAAGGCAGCGGCCUUUGCGGCCGAGAACGAGUGCCCUGCCACCGCGAAAACUUACGGCAGCUACGACGCCGUGCUGGAUGACCCGGACGUGGACGCCGUUUACAUCCCUCUCCCCACCAGCCUGCACGUGCGGUGGGCCGUCCUGGCGGCGCAGAAGAAGAAGCACGUGUUGGUGGAGAAGCCGGCGGCGCUGAACGUGGCGGAGCUGGACCUGAUUCUGGCGGCGUGUGAGGCCAGUGGGGUCCAGUACAUGGAUGCUACCGUGUGGAUGCAUCAUCCUCGAACUGCUAAGAUGAAAGAGUUCCUCUCUGAUCCUCUCCGCUUUGGCCAACUCAAAUCCGUGCACAGCAUAGUUUCGUAUUUGUUUAGUGCGGAUUCUCUGAAGAACGACAUCCGCGUGAAGCCAGAUCUGGACGGGCUGGGAGCGCUGGGCGACGCGGGCUGGUACUGCAUCCGCGCGAUCCUAUGGGCCACCGACUACGAACUCCCGGAAUCCGUCACGGCGGUGCGCGACCCGGAGGUGAACGAAGCGGGGGUCAUUCUCUCCUGCGGCGCUUCCAUGAAAUGGCAAGACGGGAGAGUCGCCACUUUCUACAGCUCCUUCAUGACCAAUAUGGCCACCGACAUCUGCGUUUACGGCACCGCCGGAAAGCUGCGCGUCCACGACUUCAUCCUCACUUUCCCGGAAAACUCCGCGUCCUUCAACACCGUCCAAGGCUCUCGCUUUACUAAGCACGUUGUGAACACCGAGCUCCCUCAGGAUCCUCUGAUGGUGAGGGAGUUCUGUAAUCUCGCCGGGAGUGGAGCGCCGGAGAAGAAGUGGGCGGUUAUCAGCCGGAAAACGCAGCUGGUGGUGGAUGCAGUCAAGGCAUCUAUUGAGAAAGGUUUUGAGACUAUUGAGGUGGUCUACUAAGUACAAUUUUUUUUUUAAUAAUAUCUACUAAAUAAAUCUAUUCCAAUAUGUUUUAUGCCAUUCUAUACAUGGGAAUGAUGGGAUGCCUUUUCUUUCUUUUCUUUUUUUUUUUUUGGUGAGAGGGAUGCCUUUUCAAUUAUUGAUAAUCCAUCUAUUCUAAUUUUUGUCAGAUUAUAUUUUA